GCGAGUUAACAAUGACCGCCUGAAAUGAGGUUACAAAGCCAAGGCGACGGGCCCGUAUAUCGGGUGGCGGACCCAGAAACAUUACAACGUCGAAAAACAAUAAAUUCAGUCGUCCGCUAGAAUGGCUUCAGGGCUUUCGAUUGUGCCCUUCAGGUCUCGCUUUGUGUUGUUUUGCUCUUGGCCAGAGGCGGCCAGGCGGCACCGGAGCUCAUCGAGUCGGAAAGGGAGCAGCUCACCGCGGCGGACAUCGAAGCACUCCCAAGUGGAUCCAGCCAUUUAUUCCAGUCCAGUUCCCUCUCACAACACCAAGGCAGCACCCGGUCCUGCAAAGUCUACCCAGGCGACGCCGACUGGCCGUCCGACGAGACAUGGGCCGCGCUCAACCAGGCCGUGGACGGCAACCUCCUGAAGCCGCACCCACGGGCGUCGGUAUGCUAUGACGGGCCGUACUACGACGCGGCCGAGUGCAGCAAGAUCUCGGCCAACUGGACCAACUCGUACAUCCACCUCCAGGACCCCAUCGAGAUGUUCUCCCCCAUCUACCAGGGCCUCACCUGCAUGCCGCCCACCAUCUACGACAGCAAGGGCUGCACGCCCGGUGGCUUCCCGAUGUAUGUCAUCAACGCCACGACGCCGAAGCACGUGCAGGCGGGUGUCAACUUUGCGCGCAACACGGGCGUGCGGCUCGUGGUUAAGAACACGGGGCACGACUUCUCUGGCAAGUCUGGUGGCGCAGAGUCCCUGAGUAUCUGGACUAGGCACUUCAAAGACAUUCAGUAUAUCCCCGAGUAUGAAGACGAAGCCAGCGGAUACUCCGGUGCCGCUUUCAAGACCGGGACCGGUGUUCAGGCGUUUGAGAUAUACAAGGCUGCUAGCGAGGUGGGCAAGGUUGUGGUUGGUGGCGAGGGUCAAACCGUAGGUGUAAUGGGCGGCUAUAUCCAGGGCGGCGGACACAGUCCCCUGAGCUCCAUCUACGGCACCGGAGCCGACCAGGUCCUCGCAUUCGAGGUGGUGACGCCAGAUGGGAACUUUGUGACUGCCGACUUCACGCAGAACACAGAUUUGUUCUGGGCACUACGUGGAGGCGGCGGCAGCACAUUCGGCGUCGCCACGUCCGUGACAGUCAAGGCGCACCCGGAUGUACCCACCACAGCGUCGAGGUUCUCAUUUGACACAUCCACAGUCGGCAACGAGACAUUCUGGGCUGGAGUGCGGGCCUACUUCGACUACUUCCCCAACAACGCUGACCUCGGAACAUAUGCGUACUUCUUGCUGCUCCCGAACAAUCCUAAACAAGGAGUGUGGACAUUCCAAAUGACGCCCUUCUUCGCGCCAAACAAGACCCUGGAAGAGACCGAAGCCAUCCUCGGCCCAUGGCUCACCCAGCUGGACGCGCUCGGGAUCAAGGUCGACCCGAACAUCACCCACUACGACUCCUUCUACCCGGCCUGGGUGCAGUCCUUCCCCCUGGAGACGAUCCAAAAGGUCAACUCCAACUACGGGUCCAGGCUGUUCCCCCGCGCCAACUUCGAGGACCCAGGCCUCCUCAACACGACCUUCGACAACAUCCGCCUCUCCUCGGAGAGCAACCUCGUCAUCGUCGGCUUCAACAUCAAGGCGACGUCCCCAGACAGCCCGGACAACGCGGUCAACCCCGCGUGGCGCGAGAACGUGCUGUUCGCCAUCCAGUCGGUGCGCUGGCCCGUCAACGCCAGCACCGAGCAGAUCUGGGAGGCGCGCAAGUCGCUCACGCACGGGCACAUGCAGCGCUGGCGCGACAUCACGCCCGGCGCCGGCAGCUACCUCGCCGAGUCGGACCGCAUGGAGCCGGGCUUCCAGCAGGCGUUCUGGGGGGACAAGUACCCCCGGCUGCUGGAGAUCAAGAAGAGGUACGACCCGGGCGAUGUGUUCUACGCGGCUACGGCCGUGGGCAGUGAGUCGUGGCAGGUGGUGACGGCGAAUACCCUGCCGAGUGAGAAUGGGCGGUUGUGUCGGGUCAAUUCCACCAGCACAUAACGUUCAAAUGGACAUGGUGAUAUGGCAGAAUGAAUAUAAAAUUGUCUCACAAAGAUCUGUAGGGUCACCAAGGACGGCAUGCCA